AUGAAGAAGUGGCAUAAUCAAGGCAAAAUUCCAAUCUUCGUUUCCACAUUUUUUUCCUGGUACUUGACUAUAAUGGAUGCCGACAAUAUUAUAGCCAUUUCUGAGAAUGGGGUGGACUUUGAAAAUGGCGUUCACCACCGACUCCUGAUCUCUGGAGAGGAAAUUACUUCCAAGAAAGUAAAUGCGAUUCCCAAUGGAAGCACAGAAGUCGAGGGAUUGAGCUUGAAUCUAGAAAACAAUCUGGAGUUGAAUGACAAUGUGACUCUUAAUUCUUCUGUCGAAAGAAUCAUGGAUGAAUCUACAAUGCCACCAAAAGGCGAUUCCGUCACCAUUUCCAAGGAACUUGGAGUUGAGGAGUCUGAAGAGUCUAAGAGUUCUAAAUCACAGAAGGGCAUGAGCAAGGCCAAGAACAGGAAGUCCAUAAGCAUCAGACAUGGGAGAGAUGUGGUGAAAUCUUCUGAUGGUUCAAAUGGUUCCGCCGAUCACAAAUCAUGUCCGAAACAGUUGUCUGCUCCUGGAACAAAAAGUAGGUCAAUUAAUGGAAGGCAAGCUGCUGACAACUCAAGAACAGCCUCUCCUCAAAGUCCUAUAGCUGGAGAUGUCAAACCCCAUAGAUUGGGUGUUCUUCCAAGCUAUAAUUUCAGUUUUAAAUGCAAUGAAAGAGCUGAGAAAAGAAGAGAGUUCUAUUCAAAACUUGAGGAAAAGAUUCAUGCAAAGGAAGAGGAGAAGAGUAAUUUGCAAGCCAAAACUAAGGAAACACAGGAAGCUGAGAUUAAAAUGUUUAGGAAGAGUUUGAAUUUCAAAGCAACACCAAUGCCAAGCUUUUAUCAGGAACCUCCUCCUCCGAAGCUGGAACUGAAGAAGAUACCUCCAACAAGAGCCAAAUCUCCCAAGCUUGGUCGGAAAAAGAGUUCGUCUAUUGCUGACUCUGAGGAAGAGGGUGCUUGUGCAGGUAGGCUAAGCUUGGGUGAGAAUUUGUCACAAAAUAAUCCUGACAAAGGACCACCUAUUCAUGCUAAGAAGCCUCUACGUAAGUCUCUUCCUAAGUUGCCCUCCGAGAAAACCAGCUUUUCCAAUGAGAAAAGAAAAUCCACAUCUCGCAAGAUCACUGUUUCCGCAGACACAAGCGAAGCUUCAAAUGAUACACAAAUAGGGGAGGAAAGAACAGUUGCCGAGCAAAGCUUGAGUCAGCCCAAUGGAGAUGCAGUGCUUGUUAUUGAAGCUCAAGAACAGAAUGUGUGA